AUGAAGACCUUCAUUUUCCUUGCUCUCCUGGGAGCUGCUGUUGCUUUCCCCAUUGAUGACGAUGACAAGAUCGUCGGGGGCUACACCUGUCCAAGGAACUCCAUCCCCUACCAGGUGUCCCUGAACUCGGGCUACCACUUCUGUGGUGGCUCCCUCCUCAAUUCCUGGUGGGUGGUGUCUGCGGCUCACUGCUACAAGUCCCGAAUCCAGGUGCAUCUGGGAGAACACAACAUUGCAGUCACUGAGGGCGGUGAGCAAUUCAUCAAUUCAGCCAAGGUCAUCCGCCACCCCAGAUACAAUCCAAACACUGUUGAUAAUGACAUCAUGCUGAUUAAGCUGAGCUCACCCGCCACCCUGAACUCUCGAGUGUCUACUAUCUCUCUGCCAAGAUCUUGUGCAGCUGCUGGUACCCAGUGCCUCAUCUCUGGCUGGGGCAAUGUCCAGAGCGUUGGGGAAAACUAUCCCGAUGUCCUGCAGUGUCUGAAAGCUCCCAUACUAUCUGACAGUGCUUGCCGUAAAGCCUACCCAGGCCAGAUCACCAGCAACAUGAUCUGUCUGGGCUUCCUGGAGGGUGGAAAGGACUCCUGCCAGGGUGACUCUGGUGGCCCUGCGGUCUGCAACAACGAGCUCCAGGGCAUUGUCUCCUGGGGUAUUGGCUGCGCUCAAAGAGGCAAACCCGGUGUCUACACCAAGGUCUGCAACUAUGUGAACUGGGUUCGGCAGACCAUCGCUGCCAACUAA